AUGGGUAAUUUAAGUUCUUCCUUGGAAGAACAUCCAACUCUUAAGUUAUCCAAGAUAGUUCCUUUUUGUUCACCUUUGCAUUUGGUUCAACUUGGCCCUCGUGAAGUUCAUAUUACAGAGAUCGUAGUAUCAAAUUCCGCCCAUACCCCAUACGUAACGUUUCCAAUCACAUCAAAUGGUAUUUCCGCCAUCCCAAACACCACAGAUCUCCUGGAAUUUAUUCAGGACCCUAACGCCCAAUCAAUCAAUCCAAGUAAAAUUUUACUUAAACUCGGAAAGGAUAAAAAACUAGAAAUGAAAUUUAAGUUUAAUAUUGGUAAAACUGAUGGAAGUAAAGCUGAUGUGAAAGGUCUCACGUUUAUCAAUGUUGCCAGUGAAAGAGAGUUGGCAAGGAUAUUAACGGUCGAGUUCAACGAUGAUCCUAAUCUCCAUAAACAUCCAAACGUUACACUUGUCGGAAAUUACAAGUCGGAUGGAAUAAAAACAUCCGAAAAUGAGUGGACAUGGAAAUGGUCUCCACCACACAACAUGGAUGAGAUUCAUCGGGGUUGGAGAAAUCAUUGUUGUUUUGCCGAAUAUGAUGCAAAGGAUAAUACUUUUACUUUGUUGGCAUCUUUCACAUUUUGGGUCGCUGAUAUACCGCGAAAUCAUUAUCAUCGAGCUUCAAGAAGUUCGGGAUCGAUUGAUGGUGUAACAUUUUUUCCGGUAGCGUCAUCUCUGUCGCCAUCAUCUCAAAAUAAUACACUAUGGUCUCUUAGUCUUCCACGUAGCAUUCGUCCUUCAAGUCCAGAUAAUGUAUUUCUUCCAGUACCGGGUAUGUCUUCACACACUUCAGGAACGGCAUCAUCCGUGUCCAGUGGAGGUCGUCGCUCUUCAGAUGACUUAAUGUUUCAGCAUGAGCCUGAUGACGGUCCUUUGUUUCGUGCAACUUUAACUGCAUUCGAAAAGAAAACAGGUUCAUUAAAACAUCAUAUUAAACGCAUUUUAAAGACAUCAACUGCUUGUCAUGACGUUCUUAUGGAAUGUCAUGAAACUGAGGAAGAAUUUUUAUCGACUUUAAAAGCUGCAUCCGGUGCACAUCCUCAAGCAUUUCAACCUAUUUUAGAUAGUUAUCUAGAAGACGCAUCAAAGAAGAUUGCAACUUUUAGAGAAAGUCUUGCAAACCAGAUGUCUGUACUUUUAAUUGAACCUCUCCGUAAGCUAUAUGAGAAUGACAUUAAAGUCGCAGAAAGCAAAAAAAAAGAUUUUGAGGAGGAAUCUCGUGAUUAUUACCAGUUUCUCUCUAAAUAUUUGUCUUUAACAAAAGAAAAGAAAAAGUUAGAAUCAGAUACUAAAUAUCAAAGCAAGCGUAAGAAUUUUGAGUUGAAAAGAUUCGAUUAUUAUGCAUACAUGCAUGACUUACAUGGAGGACGUAAAGAUCAAGAAAUUCUUUAUCAUCUAACGAAUUUUGCUGAAAAGCAGUUUGCAUUCUUUCAACAAACUGCUGGUGGUAUACAAAGUUUAAAACCGGGAUUGGAUAAAUUGGCUGUAGAUGUUGCUGAGGCAGCAAAAGAGAUACAUUUAAUGAGAAAAGAAAGAGAAGAGAGACGUAGAGCGCUCGAAACCCGUGCUACAACAGUAAAUCCAUUUACUAGUGAGAGUUUUAAUGAGGUAGACUCAAAUGGCGGCAAUGGAAGCACUACGAGUGACAAUAUGAGUGAUGUUGCGGAGAAUCAAACUACUAGCCCAGUUGGUUCUCCAAUUGUGUCUCAAAAUCGGUUUAAAGGAAUUCGUGAUUUAGAACAGCAUGACUCAGAAACUGCAUCAGUCGCGGGUAGAAAGAAGGAGGGAUUUUUGUUUGCUACUUCGCGAGCAACGCAACAUGGAACUGUUGACUCGAUCUCAAAGACAAGCUGGCAUAAUUUUUGUAUUGGUGGUCAACUUUGUGAAUAUAUUAAUUGGAAGAAACAAUUAGAAGCGCAUAAUGAUCCGAUAAAUUUACGUUUUGCAGCAGUAAGGGAGGCAAGAGGAAUUGAACGUCGAUUUUGUUUUGAGAUUAUUACACCUCAAUAUAGACGUAUAUAUCAGGCAACUUCAGCCGAAGAUAUGUCUUCUUGGAUAACAGUUAUUUCUAAUGCAAUUGAAAGUAUUCUUAAUGGGACAAGCAGUUGUCGCAAUUUGGAUCAAGUUAUGGCUCAAGAUUCAAAUGGUGCCGGAGCCGGGCAGGUAUUUAAGAAACCAAUACAAAGAAGAGGAACUUUACCCAGCUUGACAGAUAAACGAAAAGUUGAUAUGAAAAAGGGUCUUGGUUCCGAAGAGGCAACAUCAAACAAUCAAUCGGAUUGUCGACAAGAAAUUAUAGAAAGCGAAAAAUCCGCUCGAGUUCUUGAAAGCAUUAAAGGCGCAGAUGCAUCAAAUGCAAGUUGUGCAGAUUGUGGUGCUCGUAAAACAGAAUGGUGUUCUAUUAAUUUAGGGAUUGUGUUAUGUAUAGAGUGCUCAGGAAUUCACCGUAGUUUGGGUACGCAUAUAUCUAAAAUAAGGUCGCUUACCUUAGAUACAACGUCAUACACGCCUGACCUUGUUAAUUUAAUUAAAUCUAUUGGCAAUGCUCGAUCUAAUGCAAUUUGGGAAGCAACGCUUGAGCAGCGGCAAAUACAGCAACAAAAUGGUGCACUAUCAUUGCCACCAAAAUUUGAAGCACCUUCUGUAUCACUGAAUAAUGAUGAUACGUCUACGUCAACACCAGUCACAGAUGCCGAUUGGGAAGAUCUUAUUAAUUUGAUUUCACCAUCAAAUCGUGGUUCGUCACUAUCCCCAUCUCCAUCCCCUUCACCUUCACCUACCCCUUCACCAACACCUUCUCCAAUACCACCAGCACCCACUGUAAAAAAGCACAAAGUUAUAACAAAGCCAAUUAGUACCGAUUCUCGUGACAUUAAGAAAAAAUUUAUCACAGGCAAAUAUGUUGAUAGGGCCUUUAUUGAUCUUUCAUUAAUUGAUGAGGAUAAAACUGCUACGGAUAUUCUUUUUGAAGCAGUAAAGACUAAUGAUAUACCUUUGGCGAUGCAAGCUAUCGCAUUAAAAGCAGAUGUAAAUUCGGCUCGUAGAUUUGAGGUGGCGGAUGAUCAUGGAUUGAAAACUCCAUUGUUAUUAGCAUUGCUUCAUAUUGAUCCUACAUUCGUGACAAAUGAAGGAGGAAAGAUAUUAUUUCCGAUGGCUGAAUUAUUAUUACAAAACGGAGCAUACAUUGAAAAGGUCUUAUUUGAUAAUUUAGAUGAUAUGCUUGGUGUAGCAUCGACGCCUAUAUCCCGAAGCUCAGCAAAAAGCGUUGGAGCUUGGGCAGCUGAAGUUGUUAGUGAUAUGAAAAAAUCAGGAAAGUCUGUUUUCGAUGUAGUUCAAGCUAGUGGUAAUAUCGCGGCUAUAAGAUACCUUACACCAAAAGUCCUUGCAAGAGGUACUGCAUCAACACUUAAUAGUGGAACUCCAAUGACUACAACAAGUACAGGUGGUGUAGUUGGUGGUUCCAUAAUAGAAAAAAAACCUUCCCCAAAUAUAGGCCGAUCUAUAUCAAUAUCAGUUAAAAAUGUUCUCAUGACGGGUUCAUGA